CGGAGCCUCCGGGGUUCCCUGACUUCCGGCGUGGGCCGUGGCGUAGGCUGGCCGGCUGCCCCCACGUGGGGGCCGGGGCGGAGCAGGAGGCGGCCGGGCUCCGCCACCCUCCAGCGCCAUCAUGUGCGAGGUGCCCGCGGAGGUUCAGCGCUUCCUACAGCAGCACCCGGUGCUGCGCCUCGUCGAGCCGGGCAAUAAGGUAAAAUGCAGGUUGACAGGUCACGAGCUGCCAUGUCGGAUGCCAGAGCUGCAAGCUUAUACUAGUGGCAAGAAGUAUCUGAGACUGAUAAAGACCGCAAGAGCAUUUGACUACAGCGAAUUCGAGCCACACAUUGUGCCCAGUACUAAGAAUCCCCACCAGCUGUUUUGCAAGCUCACUCUCAGGCACAUCAACAGGCUUCCAGAGCAUGUGCUGCGUCAUGUCCAAGGAAGGCGCUAUCAGAGAGCGCUGAAAAAAUAUGAGGAGUGCCAGAAGGAGGGCGUGGAGUACGUCCCUGCCUGCCUCCUGCAGAAGAGACAGCGGCGACGAGAUGACCAGGCCGAGGGGAGCAGGCAGCCCCGCAGAAAGGGAGAAUUUUGGGAGCCUAUGUCCAGUGAAGAGGAAGAAGAUGACACAGAUGAUAGCAUGAGCGACCUGUACCCAUCUGAGCUUUUCCCAGAAAAAAGGCCGGUGGUGCAAGGAGACAGGGAAGGUGGUGAUGACUUUGUGACAGACAGCGAGGAAGAUGGGGCCAAGCCUGCAGAGGAAAACAGCAGCAUGAAUGGAGAGGAGAGUGAAAAGAUGGACGAGACCAGACGAGCUGGCAACAAAAGGGGAAAGCAUUCAAUGGGGAUCCUUCCACUUUGGGAUAUUCUUGUAGCAAUCACUGUGGGGUCAAGACCAAAUCAGUUAUAGGUCUCUUAUGCAGUAGGCUGCUGAAGCUCAUAUGAGUUGCAAAGGGGACCUCCUCCUACUAUAUGGGACAGGAUUGAUUCGAUACUUGUCAGUGCUUGGAAAAAACAGCCGGCUGAUCCGAUCUGCAUCAGCAUCCAAGGAGAAUACCUUGCCGCUGUGCAUUUCAGAGGAAGAACAGCUGUAACCAUGUUGCCAUAAGAGAUCAUGGCCAAUUGAAGGAGGGCAGUGGGCUCAAUGGGCUGAGCAGGGCAAUCCUUCCUGCUUCUUUAACUGAGACAGAUCAGUCCCAUUGGGGUUGGUGGGGAGGGCCUGAAAGAUAGGGACUGUACUUUGGAAGACUUGAGGCUUCCUACCUGUAAUGCUAUAAUUCCAAACAAGCCGAAGCAGGCAUACUGCACAAAAUUCCUACUCAGCACCAGGAUACAGCCGCCUGAGGAAGGGAAAUAAACAGCGUUACCACAUCUCCAGCUCACACAGGAAACAGUUGGUUUUGGUUUGAAUUUCAGCAGGUUAAGGAUUUCAUGUAGCCAAGUCACAGAGAGCCUCUGCUAGGAGAUAUCUGGUAUCAAAACACUGCUGGUUUGGGGAGGGGGGGGGGGGGAAAGGUCAGCUUUAAAGUCUGCAUUCUCCACAGUGAGACAUUGUCGUAUGGCUCCUGAAGAACAUCUCUCCAUUAUUCCACCAGGUGAUGGAGCAAGGGAUCAAACAUAAUCUUUGUUUAGUCCCUGGCACAUCGUACUAGUUGGCAGGUGCCAUGCAAGGGUACAUCCUCUCUGCAAUAAAAGACCUGCAGCACAGCCAUAGCUGGCCCAGGUCAGCUGACUCCAGCUUGUGGAGCUCAGAGUGGGGGUUAUAAAAUUUCAACAUGGACAUUUGGGCUCAGGCUGGGGCCCGCCGUUUCAAACUCUGCAAGGUGGCUGGGUGGGUCUCAGAUCCUGGGCUCCAGCCCAAGCCUGAAUGUCUAUACUGCUACUUUUAGUCUUGCAGCCUGAACCCGAGUCAAUUGACCCAGGCUCUAUGGUAGUGUAGACAUACGCUUUAGGUCACAAGACGUUAGACAAAAAACAGCCAAGUAUGUAGAUGUUGGAUAUUGCCUUUCCUGAGGUGGUGGUGGGAGGAUGAUACCAUAGUUCUUUCGAGAAUACAGAAUAUUAAACAAACAAACAGACAGAAGCUUUCCUGUAAAUCUUGCAUUCAAAAGAAAACUGAUCGCAUUUCCCAGCAGGCGGAUUUCCACGUUGAGAACUUGACUAAAAAAAAAAAAAAAAAAAAAAAAAAAUCUACAGGGGAAAAGAUUUAGCAAAAUUAAAUUUUUGCCUGGACAAAAUAAAAAAAAAAAACAAAAA